AUGCAACGAUUCCUAACUUUUACGGUAUUGGCUGCUAUCUAUACGGCAGUUCAAGCUCGGGCACCAUUCCUCCACGAUUCCGGAUUUCAAUGUGACGCAGAAACUCAUAAGAAGUAUUGCCCGAAGAAGUCUUACUGUCAACAGUUCGAAGUAGGUGGCGAACCUGUAUGCAACGUCGAAAGCUACCCAGACGGAUGUAAAGGGGAUUGUAUUGGAAGCGGCUGCGACUGGGGAGAGCGCUGCCAGUACAAAGCCGGAAACCCGUGUCCCAAAUGUGGCAGGGUGUGCGUGGCGGAAUGUAAGAGGCAACUCGCCAGUCUUGCCGAAUUUGUGGAUAACAUGCCG